AUGGAUUCUCAAGAAACCAUUCCGGACGAUACGUUGUAUCAAAAUUACAAAAAAUCUCCAGUAGUCAGUGACGAUAUUGUUUAUCCAGCUCUAGAACCAAAAGAAAUAGAAUCUGCAACCAAGGGGUUUGGUAACAAGAAAAGCGACUGGCAGUCCAGCGAAUGCAGGUCGCGCGAGACAAAGAAAGCAGCCUCGUAUGCCGAUGCCAGACACCAUCACAGAGAGAAUGGUAGCGAAGCGUUGGAUCUUCUAGGCAAAGCGGUAGAUCUAUUGAGCAAAGCGAGAGACAUAAUAGGGCAGCAAGAACGCAUUUCAAAUGAGAUGCACGAUGUGUUCCCCUGUCUUCAAGAAGUUCUUGAACAACUCACUCGUAAGAGCUUGCCUAAUAGUGGCAAAAAUGUUAGAUGGGCAGAUGUUCGUAGAGCUUACGGCUCUGAUGACUAUACAAACCGUCCUAGGAAAAGAUUACGAGAAGAUUUACAGGGUUAGAUGAGACUUAUCCUACAAUCACGGUUGAUA